CGGAAAACCAACGUGUGAAGAAAAGUCACAUGUGCGCAAGACCAUUUUUACUGAAAUUCGUUGAGACGUUAGAGAAGUUAAGAAGAAUCCAAGGAAUAUAUCUUUUUUUGUUGAAAAAGAACGUUUAGGUGUCAAGCAUGGGCAGGAAGUUGGAUCCCACCAAUAAGGUGAAAAGGGGACCUGGACGCAAGUCUAGGAAACAGAAAGGAGCCGAGACUGAGCUGACCAACUUUUUGGAGGAUGAUGAUGGUCCAAAGAGACUGUCAAGCAGAGCAAGAAAACGUGCUGUAAAGAGAGCUCAAGUCCCCAAAGAAUCCAUAAAAGAGGAACAGCCCAAAAAAGGAUUCACAGAUGAGAACAGUGAAUGGCUGAAACCUGCACAGAGAAAACGAAAGCUUGAUCAAUCAGAAGAUGAUGAAGACAGUGACAGCAACUGGGAAAAUGAAGAUGAUUAUGAUGAUGAAGAAGAGGGCCCUGACAAAAAAAAAUUGGAGGAUGUAGAUGAUGAUGAUGAUGAUGAUAUGGUUGAUGAUUAUGGUGCUGAUGAAGGGGAUGAGGAGAAAGAAAAGGAUAAAGAAGACAGUGAUGGAGAAGAGCUUCUGCCUAUAGAGAGAGCUGCUAGAAAACAGAAAAAACAAAAGCAAACCAUGAAACAAGACAGUGAUGAUGAUGACGAUGAUGAAGAGAAGGAAAUGAGUGUUAAAGAAAUAGAGGAGGAGGAAGAGGAGGAGGAGGAUACCGUUCAGGCAAAUAUUAAUGAGAUGGACCAAUUCAAACUUCCUGCUGCAGCAGAUAGAGAAAAAGAAGGUCUGCUACCUAUGGACCUGCAGAGCAUCCAUCAGAGGAUCAAAGAUAAUGUUGAUGUGUUGUCUCACUUCAGUGAGAAGCGAGAGGAGGGAAAGGAGAGAUCAGAGUAUCUCUCUCUGCUGCGCUCUGAUCUCUGCACCUAUUACAGCUACAACUUGUUCCUUAUUGGGAAACUCAUGGACCUCUUUCCUCUCUCAGAGCUGAUUGAUUUUCUUGAGGCCAAUGAAAUUCAGAGGCCGGUUACCAUCAGAACCAACACCCUGAAAACCAGGAGGAGAGACUUAGCUCAGGCUCUGAUUAACAGAGGAGUGAACCUGGAUCCAUUAGGGAAAUGGUCCAAAGUUGGGCUGGUUAUCUAUGACUCUUCUGUUCCCAUAGGAGCAACUCCAGAAUAUUUAGCAGGCCAUUACAUGCUGCAAGGUGCAUCGUCUCUGCUGCCUGUGAUGGCACUUGCUCCCCAGGAGGGGGAGUCAGUGCUAGACAUGAGUUCAGCUCCAGGAGGCAAAACCACAUAUAUAGCUCAGUUAAUGAGGAACACAGGUGUGAUUGUGGCUAAUGAUGCAAACGCAAACAGACUGAAGAGUGUGGUGGGAAACCUCCAUCGUCUUGGUGUCACCAACACUGUGAUAUGCAACUAUGAUGGCAGACAAUUCCCAAAGGUGAUGGGAGGUUUCGACAGAGUGUUAUUAGAUGCGCCCUGCUCAGGUACAGGAGUCAUCGCCAAAGAUCCAGCUGUGAAAACUGGCAAGGAUGAGUCUGAUAUUCUUCGCUCAGCUCACCUGCAGAAAGAGCUCAUUCUGUCUGCCAUUGACUCUGUAAAUGCAGAGUCUCCAACUGGUGGAUACCUCAUUUACUGCACCUGCUCUAUUAUGGUAGAAGAGAAUGAGUGGGUGGUGGACUAUGCUCUGAAGAAGAGAAAUGUAAAGCUGGUCCCCACAGCACUGGACUUUGGCAAGGAGGGAUUCACCAGAUUCAAAGAGCGACGUUUCCAUCCCUCUCUCAAACUUUCUCGCCGAUUCUAUCCUCACUCUCACAACAUGGAUGGAUUUUUUGUUGCCAAGCUGAAGAAGUUCUCAAACACAAUCCCCACUGCACCAAAAGAAGCAGAUAAUGAAGUAGAAUCUACAAAAAUGGAAACCACAGCCUCAUCAGUGAAGAUGCAAAAGCCUGAAUCUAUGGAGCAGAAGUCCACUUUAACUGUGAAAACCCCCUCAAGCAAAAAGCAGAAAUUAAAACAGAAAAAAUCUAAGCCGCCCAUCAUGGGGAAAAAGACUGGCAUAAAGCCAUUCAGUACAAAAUCUGAGGGCCCCAAAAAGGCCAAAAUUGCCAAGUUUGAGGGAGAAGCUUCAAAGAGUGAGAAAUUCAACAAAAAGCAAGUCAAAGAAGUGAAUGGAAAUGCAAAGAAAGAGGUAGUGAAGGAGAAGAAAGGAGGGAGCCAAUUUGAGAAGAAAAAACAAAUGAAAAAGAAGAACAGGAAAAACAAAUUUAAGAAGUUAAAAAAAAAGCUUGGACAACCGGAGAGUGGACAGUGAAAUUCAGUCACAUUCCAAAGUGAAAUGACUCUGCUGUCCAAUCAAAUCAUUGACAGAGACAUAUGCAAAGUUGAACCAACCCCACACUGCUGUUGAGGACACCAAGAUUUCGAGACCACAGUCAUCCUUUAGAAACUUACAUCAAUUGCUCUGAAGACUUUUGUAAACCGUUUGACUUAACUUAGAGGUGUACCUCAACGUUCUGGUUAUAAAUUUUAUAAAUGUGUACUUCAUUGUCCAUUUUAUGUAUUUUGUCUUGGAUAAGAAACAUUUAACUGAAAUAUUGCAAAGGAAUGGAAGCAAUGUCUGUUUUGAUGUUAGAUUCCUGGAAGCAUAUUCUUUUUGCUCACACCAAAUAAAAAAGUUUCAA